AUGCAGGACCAAGUUGAGGGUCUCAGGGCCAAGGGCCUCUGUGCAGACUACCUGGCCUCUACCCGCAAGGAGGCCGACCGCAGGGCGAUCCUGCAGCAGCUGGAUGCCAUCGCUGGCGGCGUUCUCCCUGCAGGGGGCAGCCAGCAGCAGCAGCAGCAGCAGCAGCAGCAGCAGCAGCAGCAGCAGCAGCAGCAGCAGCUGGGAGAGGAUCAGCAGCGGCUGGCACUGCUAUACGUGACCCCUGAGCUGCUGCAGACAGCGGCGUUCUCCGUGCGGCUGCGCAAGCUGCACGCCGCAGGCGGGGCCGAGCGGCGCACGAUCAAGCUGGUGGCCGUGGACGAGGCGCACUGCAUCUCUCAGUAU